AUGGCGGCGUGGGCGGACGACAUUGACCCCAUCGCGCUGGAUGAGGAGUUCGGCGACAAGGCGAUGUUUCCGCUGGAGGAGCAGGCGGACAAGCUUGCGCUGAAGGACGCCAAGGAGGCAUGGGACAACGCCAAGAUGGUCGUCGAGACUGUCACCGACAGCGAGAACAAGCGCUACGAAAUUGUGAAGAAGGUGCGCACGUACCAUGUAGACCGCCCCGCCACAGUGGUAGACAUCCGCGCCAAGUGGAAACGCUUUGGCAAAGACGCCGGCAACAUGCAGGAUCUCGUCUCGCGGGACCCCCCAAUUGUGCUAGAACUAGGUGACGUCGACCCGCUGGAGCGUGUGGCGCGUGACGAGGUCGUGCGGCUCAUGAACGAGGCGGAGCGGAUGAAGAUUGAAGUCACCGACCCGCGGCUUCAGCGCUUCGCGAAAAUCAAGGAGGAACAGAGGAAGGCCGCGCUCGAAGAGGCGGCGCCAUCGGACCAGGCCAAGGAACGCACCUGGGCUGCUGCCAGAGGCGAGAAGAGCUCGGCGCAGCGCAAAGAAGACACAGACCGCCGCCUCCGCAUCACAAACAUCUCAGAUGACAUCAGUAAGGAGGAGCUGUAUAACAUCUUCGAUACGGACGAGUACCACAUUGAGAAACUGUUCCUUCCUAAGGACAGUGUUACUGGGAACUACAGGGGUUUCGCCUUCAUCACCUUUGAAGACGCUGACCAGGCUGAUCGGUGCCUCAGGAAGACCAAGGGAACGGCGCGCUUUAAGAAUACCGUCAUGCGUAUUGCGCGCGCACUCCCAGAGGGGGAUCAGCGGCGUCACUGA